AUGGCCUUACUGAAGAGCUCAGUGACUUUCAACGUGGCACCGUCACAGGAUGCCACCUUUCCAACAAACCUAUCGGCUGCCUUCGAUACUGUGAACCAUCAGAUCCUCCUCUCCACCCUCUCCGAGUUGGGCAUCUCCGGCGCGGCCCACGCUUGGAUUGCGUCCUACCUGACAGGUCGCUCCUACCAGGUGGCGAAUCGCAUCUCUGCAUGUCUGGCAGACAUAUCAGUGUGGAUGACGGAUCAUCACCUCAAGCUGAACCUCGGCAAGACGGAGCUGCUCUUCCUCCCGGGGAAGGACUGCCCGUUCCAUGAUCUCGCCAUCACGGUUGACAACUCCAUUGUGUCCUCGUGCCAGAGCGCUAAGAACCUUGGCGUGAUCCUGGACAACACCCUGUCGUUCUCAAAUAACAUCAAGGCGGUGGCCCGUUCCUGUAGGUUCAUGCUCUACAACAUCCGCAGAGUACGACCCUGCCUCACACAGGAAGCGGCGCAGGUCCUAAUCCAGGCACUUGUCAUCUCCCGUCUGGAUUACUGCAACUCGCUGUUGGCUGGGCUCCCUGCCUGUGCCAUUAAACCCCUACAACUCAUCCAGAACGCCGCAGCCCGUCUGGUGUUCAACCUUCCCAAGUUCUCUCACGUCACCCCGCUCCUCCGCUCUCUCCACUGGCUUCCAGUUGAAGCUCGCAUCCGCUACAAGACCAUGGUGCUUGCCUACGGAGCUGUGAGGGGAACGGCACCUCAGUACCUCCAGGCUCUGAUCAGGCCCUACACCCAAACAAGGGCACUGCGUUCAUCCACCUCUGGCCUGCUCGCCUCCCUACCACUGAGGAAGUACAGUUCCCGCUCAGCCCAGUCAAAACUGUUCGCUGCUCUGGCCCCCCAAUGGUGGAACAAACUCCCUCACGACGCCAGGACAGCGGAGUCAAUCACCACCUUCCGGAGACACCUGAAACCCCACCUCUUUAAGGAAUACCUAGGAUAG